AUAGAGAUAAAACAUUAUAUAUACAUAACUUCCUAUUCGAUAUUUACACACAAAACGUGGGCCCUUCACAAACCCCUCAAAUUCAAUCUUCAAUGGAGUCUUCUUCUCCAGAUGAAUCACUGGAUCCUGCAGACGCCAUAAUAACUGACGAUUUCAACUGUAUAUACUUCAUCUCUACACUCUAUUAACCGCUUUUUAUUCAUAACAUCUUUCACAAUUUCACUCUUAAACCCUAAUUUCGAAGCUCUAGGGUUUUUAUCUAGGCUUUUUUCAAUUUUACCAACUUUAUGUACAUGUUGAAGGUUUGAUCGUAUAAUUACUACUGACGUUGAUUCAUUUGGUAUCAGUUUGGUUGAAAUUUUGCUACUGCUGUUUGUUAAUCGAGUAUAAACAGUUGAUAGAUUGAAUUAGGGUUUGAUAGAAGUAAGAAAUUAGAAGAAAUUAGGAAGUUUUCAAUGAUGGCGGUUAAUCCUCACUCGGAACCUGCAAAGAUGGAACAGAUAAUCACUGAAUUCUUUGCCAAAAGUUUGCAUAUAAUACUUGAAUCUCGGUGUCCGUUUGUGUCGUCGCGUAAUUAUAGUGGUGAGUUAUCGUCGGCUUCGGCGGCUAGUAUGAGACCUAGGGAUAAGUGGUUCAAUUUGGCGCUUCGGGACUGUCCUGCGGCGCUUGAGAACAUUGAUUUCUGGCGGCAGAGUAACCUUGAGCCGAUGGUGGUGGAUGUGGUUUUGGUUCAGAGGCCUGUUAAUUGGGAUUACGCGAGUAGUUCGCCGAAACUGGCGUUUGAACAGAACUUGUUGUCGAAAGAUCGGUUUCCGGUUGUGUGGAAAUCGGAUUCUGAUGAGUUUUGGUGUGAUGGACACAGUGAGAAGGUUAUUGAGAGAUGGAUUAUGCGGUAUGAGAGCAAAAAGGGCUGCAAAGAAGGAUCUUCGGCGAAUAAAAGAUCAAGCACGAUUACUUCACAUGCAUUAUACAAGAAAUCAAUUUUGCUUUUGAGAUCAUUAUAUGUAACUGUUCGGCUUUUACCUGCUUACAAGAUUUUCCGUGAGAUCAACUCUUCUGGGCAGAUUCGAUCGUUUAGUCUAGUUCACAGGGUAUCUUCAUCUGUUGAGCCACUCGUUCGUAGAGACGAAGCUGAAAUGCAGCAGUUUACGUUCACUCCGGUGGAUACUUCGUGUGGUAAACUUUGCAUUUCGUUAUCAUAUCUUCCUUCAAUAUCUGAUACAACUUCCGAAUCCUCUACCCCCAUGUCCCCACAGUUUAUAACAGAUUACGUGGGUAGCCCGUUGGCAGAUCCAUUAAAAAGACUACCGUCAGCUUCAUUGCCACAGUAUUCUCCAUCUUCACCAUUUGGAAGGCGGCAUAGCUGGAGUUACGAUACGCGUAUGGCAUCACCACCGUCAGCGUUGCCAUCACCUUCACCGACAUAUUCAGAAUCACGAACUUUACACUCUAAAUUUGGCAGCCAUAGGCCACCUAUUAGUUCAAGAUAUUCUUCAUUAGAACCGGCUCAAGUUCAUACUAAAGAUACCGGUUAUGAUGAGUAUUUUCCUUCUCCUAACUUCUCACCAUCCCCAUCACCGUCACCACCUGUUGGAAGUAAUAUGCUGAAAGUUCUUUUACGGUCUGAUAGUGCUCCUGUUUACAUACCUACUUCUAGGCUUGGUGAUGCACCUUUAUAUUCAAAUAAGACGGUUUUGCCCUUUUCUCCUCCGCUUCAAGCUACUAGACCAAGUCUUUCUUUAGUCGAAAGAAGCUUAAGUAUUCCUACAACUGCUGGAAAGUUGUUAUCUUUAAGGGGAGAAGACACUGCGAGGCCAUCUGGUGUGAAGAUUUCAUCGAAUAGCUCUCCACAUAAAUCUUCUUCUAGAAGCUUUAGUAGAUUGUCGUUUGAAGAUAGUUAUGAUGACUCUGAGUUUUCAGGUCCCUUUGUGGUGGAUGAUGAUGACACUCUUGAUCCUGGUAGCAGACCUGGUUCAUCUGAUCGAUCAGGAAACCUAGGCAUGCAACAUGAACGUGUAAAAUCACAGGAUGCUGCAGUUGGUGCUCUUGUUCAGAUGCUGAAAAAAGCGCCACCUCUUCAACAAGAUUUGAAUCGAUCCCAAUACGUGUCUAAAACCUCAAGGCCUGAAAAAUCAUCCAAUCAGAUUCAAGAUCACCCGCCUCAUGCUUCUUCAAACGUGUCAUCUUUUUCUAGGGUUUCUGGGAUCAAGACCACAUCUGAUGCAAUGGAGGAGCUCAAAGGGUAUCUGGAUGUGAAACAAAUGUUGCUAAAGCAAUCAGGCAAGCCUUAAGAGUGAUAUGCAUGGCAAUUUUGGAGGUCUUGUUUGGUUAAGCCGGCCGGUUUUUAUAUUAUAUAAGUCGGUCAUAUGAUUAUAUUCGUUUCGUUUUGUUUUGUCGGUGGUGUUCUUGUACAUAUUCGAAAUGUUGGUGUAUAUGGUACUUUCCAACUACAAAAGCUUGGCUUGUUGACUGGUGCAGCAUCUGGUGAUUUUGGUUUUUCUGCUUCUGGUUAUGGUCCAAGAACUCAAAAAGGGAAUAUAAGUUUGAUACAUUACUUUGAUGCU